AAAAGGAGGUGAUUUCCUCUCUCCCUCUAAUCUGUCUUUCUAUCUCUGGAUAAGCCUCUUUCUCCUCCUCCCAAAACCUCACUCUCCCAACGACAAUGGCGACUUCUACUUCUUCAUCUCUUUCUCUCUCAUUCUUCUCUUCCUCCCUCUUCUCCUCCAAAUCCCGCAAUUUUUCUUCCAAACCCAUCCUCAAACUCCCCUCUUCCUCACAUUCCCAAACCUCACUUUCUCUUUCCAUCAAAUCCGAGCUCAUCCCUCUCCCAAUCCUCAAUUUCUCCGGCGAGAAAGUCGGCGAAACGUUUCUCAACCUCAAAACGGCCCCAUCCGAAACGGCUCGCGCCGUCGUCCACCGUGGCCUCAUCACCCACCUCCAGAACAAACGUCGUGGGACUGCUUCCACCCUCACCCGUGCUGAGGUCCGUGGUGGUGGUAGAAAGCCCUAUCCACAGAAGAAAACAGGUCGAGCCCGGCGUGGUUCGCAGCGUUCCCCACUCAGGCCCGGUGGUGGGGUUAUUUUUGGCCCGAAGCCCAGAGAUUGGACCAUUAAGAUGAACAAGAAGGAGAGGCGUCUGGCCCUUUCGACUGCCAUUGCUAGCGCGGUGGGGAACUCCUUUGUUGUGGAGGAAUUCGCGGAAAAUUUCGAGAAGCCGAAAACGAAGGAUUUUAUUGCUGCAAUGCAGAGGUGGGGGCUUGACCCGGCUGAGAAAUCCUUGUUCUUUUUGAUGGAUUUGGUAGAAAAUGUGGAGAAAUCCGGGAGGAAUAUCAGGACUUUGAAGUUAUUAACUCCGAGGAGUUUGAAUCUGUUUGAUGUUCUGAAUGCUGAAAAGUUAGUUUUUACUGAAGGAACUAUUCAGUAUUUGAAUCAGAGGUAUGGGGUUGAUACUUUGGAAGACGAGGACGAGGAAGAAGAAGAGGAGGAGGAAGGAGAAGAGGUUGAUGAUGGCGUGGAAGAUGGAACUCCUGAACCUGCAGAGUGAACAAGCAGACUGAGAGUACGUUUUAGCUAAGAGGAAUGUUAAUCGUAGGGAGAUCAGCAGACCCUGACUUAAUACAUGCUGCAAGUGCAAAGAUUUUGGUACACGUUUGUGUUGUAUUUUGAUGAGUUUUUAAACGAAACAUUCAUUGUAUACAAUGGUCAUUCUGUAAUGGAGAUAUUUGUAUGUUUUCGUUGUUCAUAUCGACGACUACGAGUAGUAAGUAUUCCAUUUAUUGUA